AUGUCGUUUGGAGAGAGUGCGGCUGUCUUCAAGGCGAGAGCCAAGGACAUUGGAGUUUCUGAUGAGAGCUUCGCGAAGCUUGAGGCGGAGGGACUGACAACGAUGGCAACUUUCGCCUUCUGUUGUCAUUUCAACCCGUCGGCGACAGACGAGAAACCUCUCACCGACCUGGUAACCAAGGUUCUCGGUGCUGCGCCUUCCCUUAAGGAGAUGAGUUGCUUUCGGCGUCUGUUCGCCGAGGCAUACGCAACUGUUGCAUCCGACAUCCGAUCGCAGGUGGAAGCAACAGAAGACUCAUCGAUCAAGAAACUAGCUCCAGCAGACAGGGCCGAACGUUUGCGAGAGCAGCAGUCCAGACUUAAAGGUCUUGACUUGAGGGGCAAUAUGGAGCCAGGCGACUCCUUGAUUGAUCGGGCUGUGGCGAUCUACGAAUCUGACAGACUCCAGUAUGUGGAGUGGCAGCAUUCUGUUAGCAGACAGCAUGAGCUUCUUACAGGGCUCAAGAAGGAUGCUUCGCUUACCUUGGAUUCUGCAGGCGGCCUAAAGAUUGCCAGCAAGCCCAACGUGACUCCUUGUGAUGUGUCCACUGAUAUGAUGGUUCGCUACGCCUUAGUGCGAAGGGGCCUAGCCUUUGAACAGGCGAACAUCUUGGCGUACCAUUUGCACGAUGAGUUGCUUGAAAAGUACAUGUCUUUCAGGCUUAUGGACCCUCCUCCGAAUCAUGCGCGAGUGAGCUUGAAACAGAUUGAGCAAGCUGAUCGUCAAUUCACCAUGUUGCUCGCGGAACACACCCGCGGCGGCAUCAAGGUGAAGGCAGGAGGAUCACGGCCAUGUGACGGCGCUUUCCGCAAAGUGUUUGAGAGCACUGAGUUUCUUUCAAUGUUGACUCCGAGGCCUCUUGCAGUAGGCUCAGGAGCAAGCCGCGAUGGUUCCUCAGGAGAUGAACCCCCGAUCAAGCGCCAUAAGGGCAAUGGCAAGGGCCAGGGCCGCGGGCGCGGGGGCAAGGGCGCCGGCAAGGGCUCAACCAAUGCCAGAGUCCCGGCAGAGCUCCUCGCACUUGGGUGCGUGGCCGCUACGCCUAAGGGGCAUGCCUUAUGCUUCGACUAUUCGCUAGGGAAAUGCUCCCGAGCAGUGGCCAACCAAAGGUGUGAAAGAGGACUGCACUUGUGCGCAGUCAAAGGAUGCCAUAGAGGGCACCCAGCCAAGGAUUGCCCUGCGAAGAAGGCGCCCUCGUCGUGA